AUGGGAUUGCUCGUUCUUCAUGUACUGUCACUCGUGGCGGUGGAAGGUUCUUCACGAGCCAUCAUCCGCCACGGUGAGAGGCUAAGCUUGGAUCAGAGCCCAGAGGCCGCAGGGACAGCUACGGAGGCGCCUGUUGCUAGAGAAGUGGAUGCCUUUGGUCGUUGCACCAUCCCCAUGUGGAAUGCCCGGGAUUUCGCAUGCGACGAGCAUUUGCAGGUGGAGGCCAUUAACAUGUACGAAGACUCUCGAGGCCGGCUCCGCAAGAAGAUGGACGAUGGGCAAAGUUGCACCAUCCGAUGUCCAGACGCACGCUGGUGGCAGGUCCCCGAGUUUGAUGAGAUGACCUGCACCAGAGGCCUUUUCAAGCAUGGCGAGGGUGCCAUUGUGAAGAAGAUCGAGUGCAGCACCUCCAACAUCUUCAAGUCAUCUGUGAUCUUGGGCGUUUGCGUGGUCGCACUGGGCAUCGUGGCCACCUGGUACCUACAGCGGAGGAAAAGCCCGCCAGCAGCUGCUCCGAGCGGUCUGAUGCCCUGCACGCCAGCCCCACCACCCAUCCAGAUUGUUGAUGGGCAGGAACCAGCUGCGGGCUGA